CGGAAAACACCCAUUAUUGUUUGGAACAUAAACGAAAAACUUUUUAAUCGCCAGUGUCGACCAGAUAAGAAUUUCAGCUUCAGUGGGUGUAACUGUAACAAUAAGUACCGGUUCUUUACAUUUGUAAAUCAUGUCACUCCCAUCGACUUUAUCGAAGCUGUUUAAGCACAUUGAUAAUAAUAAGGUCAGAUAUAUUGAAAACUUGAAGCUAGCAGUUGCUAUUAAAUCUGUAUCUGCCUGGCCAGAGAGUAGAAAUGAUAUUAUUAAAAUGAUGAAAUGGACGGAGGCUCAAUUCAAAGAACUUGGUGCUGUCACAGAAUUGGCCGAUUUGGGCACUCAGAAGCUCUCCAAUGGAGAAGAAAUUCCACUUCCACCAGCUCUUCUGGGAACCCUCGGGACAGAUCCUAAAAAGAAGACUGUUCUUAUCUAUGGACACUUGGACGUUCAGCCAGCCUUGAAAGAAGAUGGCUGGGACACAGAUCCAUUUGAACUUGUUGAAAAAGAUGGCAAGCUAUAUGGAAGAGGAAGUACCGACGACAAAGGGCCGGUUCUAUGCUGGUUGCAUGCUCUUCAGGCAUACCAAGCCGUUGGUGAAGAGAUUCCCGUUAAUCUUAAGUUUGUGUUUGAAGGUAUGGAGGAGAGUGGUAGCGAGGGUCUUGAUGAAUUCCUGUGGUCUCGCAAAGAUAACUUCUUAAAAGGAGUCGAUUUCGUUUGUAUAUCUGACAAUUAUUGGCUUGGCACUACAAAACCAUGCAUAACUUAUGGUUUAAGAGGUCUCUGCUACUUCCAUUUGGAAGUAAGUUGUGCUAAUAAAGAUCUUCACAGCGGGGUAUUUGGAGGGACUGUUCAUGAAGCAAUGUCCGAUUUGAUUUACUUGAUGAAUACUCUGGUAGAUGUUAAUGGCAAAGUUUUGGUCGAGGGAAUCUAUGAGAAUGUCGAGAAGGCUACUCCUGAAGAGUUAAAAAUGUACGAUACAAUUGAGUUUAACGUUGAUGAGUAUAGAAAUUCCUGUGGAGCUUUCAAACUCCCUCACAAUGAAGAUAAGAAACAACUUCUGAUGCACCGCUGGCGUAACCCGACUUUGUCUCUUCACGGCAUUGAGGGAGCAUUUUAUGAACCAAAUGACAAAACUGUUAUUCCAGGCACAGUAAUAGGCAAGUUUUCAAUAAGAAUCGUUCCUAAUAUGACUCCUGAGGAAGUAGAGAAAAAGGUCAUAGCAUACGUUGAAAAGCAGUGGAAACUUCGUGGUAGUCCAAACAAAAUGAAAAUUUCUUUAAGCCACGGUGGCCGAUGUUGGUCAUCAAAUCCUGAUCAUCCUCAUUACGUUGCUGCCAGAACAGCCACGAAACAUGUCUACAAAGUAGACCCUGAUUGUACGCGCGAGGGUGGUUCCAUUCCUGUGACACUAACUUUUCAAGAAGUCACUGGUAAAAACGUUUUGUUGCUCCCAGUUGGAUGUGGUGAUGACGGAGCUCAUUCACAAAACGAAAAACUGAAUGUUCAUAAUUAUAUUGAAGGGACUAAACUACUGGGUGCCUAUCUUUUUGAAGUUUCUCAAAUUUAAGAGUUCUGCUCUACGAAGAAGUUACGGUAAAUUCCAAGAUUUUUUUUUAUAUAUAUAAAGAAAUUUUAUUAUGUUG